GAUAAACAACGUUAUUAUUUGUAACUGAUAAAAUUCAUAAAAUCUUGUAUUUUCGUUUGUAAUUCUCAAAACCAGUAUAUUAUCGUAAAAUUGCUUUUUUUGCUAUACGUCCUGACUCGCGCUUUCGAAAUGCCUUCCAUCACAGACAUGCUAAACUUGAAUAAACUGGACAUGUUCCAGACAAUGAGGAAGAUAUUAGAAACUGAUGGCUCAAACACCGUCCGAAAUCUAAUAGCGUACAAAGACCAAAUAUUGUAUAUUUGGAAUUCCGACGAAUGCUGUUUGUACUCGCUACUGUUGAACACAGUUCACGAAGAACAACCUUCAUACCAAAAACUGUUCCCCGGAUCCCCGCCUCUAUUCGACGUUGACGAAAUAUUGAUCAAUGAACCGGGCACUCUGUGUGCGCUUGUAGGCUCCAAAGGCGUAUCAGUGAUGAGGUUUCCGAAACGGAUGGGGUCUAAAUCUCUGUACGACACUGGUGGCAGUCAAGGAGACGGCAUAACGUGCAGCACAUCGCUUCUGCAAGACAAAUUCUUCAUAACCAAACACUUGACGGACGUGAAACGAGUCCGGUGGUAUCCAGGCAGCCCCGAAGACAACCACCUCGUGGUACUCACCAACAACAAAAACUGUUUGCGGCUGUUCAAGGUUGACAAAGGCACUGGUAAGCUCGUGUCUAUUUGGCGACUUGGCCCGCAGACUUCUCGGAUAUUGGCUUCGUUGGGCGACACGGCUGUGGACUUUGAUUUUGCUCCACCCAUACUCCUCGGCAGCCGAAUCCAAUCGGAUCCGUCAAUCAUGUGGCCCAUACUCGUGUUGCAAGGAAACGGUGAAGUUUUGUGUCUGAACACAACCGUCGACGAUUCGAUGAACAUAAAGUCAGACAAAAUAACAGGUCCGCUGACCAUGUACCCGCCUGCCGACGACAACUACAGCGAGGACGCCUGUUCCAUUCUUGUCAUGGACACCAUACCACCCUCGGUUGUUAUAGCGUCAAAUUUUGGCGAACUGUACAAUUGCCUUCUGUUGCCGGAUACCCAAGCCAAAAACGAAGAUGAAUAUGAGCCUAGUGAAUACCAGCACAAAUACAGUUUGCACAUAAUCGAAACCAUCGAACUAGAGUUGGGCUUGAACAUGGAGGACAACGGCGAAUACGACAGUUCCAACACGAUACAUUUGAAAAAAGACGCAGCCGUCACGUCCAGAUAUUGGUGUUUGCAUAACACUGGCGUACACUCGGUCACCGUACCGCUAACGGAAUUGUUGGACGAGUUUUCAAAAACCCCCGCUGACGACUUCCGCGGAUCGCCCGACAUUCAAGGACAGAGUUAUGUAGAAUAUUACAUUUGCACGGGUCUUAUGAACGGCAAAACGAAACCUAUCAAAGGAUUCGCCGUCCUAAGCUUUCCGACUGACUUAUUAGUCACUUUGUUGAGCAACGGCGAAGUCGUAACUCAGGCUGUUCCGGAUUACCAUUACAAUAAACUGUCUAUUGCCAAUAUGUAUAUGAACGAUCACAACGCCGAUUCUGAAGACCAAGUGGAUAGUUCUGAAAACGUUGACAAAGAUGACUUCAGCUCAUUUAUAUCUGCAAUACUGCAGAAAGAUAACGGUACCAAAAAUACUAUUCUGAAAUUAGGGCCAGAUGUUCCCAAAGAGAUUGUAGUACAGAUGGUUUUACAAACUAUGAACAUGCGAAGAGGUACAUUAAAUAAUCACAAAAUAGUUUCUGAAGAAAUUGAACGGAGAGUGCGCAUGCUAACUCAAGCAAAGGAAAGGCAAUUACAAGAGAUGCAGCGAUUGGAAGAAGCUCGUCAAAAAUUACAGGAUGAUGUAGAAAAUAAAGCUGAAAAGUUAGAUGAGAUUAAUAACAAACAAGAAGAAUUGACCCAAAGAGCUUCUUCGAUCCUUUUGAGACUUGUAUCAGCAGCACCUGAUAGUAUAUCAAUAAAAAAAAAAAGAGAAUUAUUGGGAGCUUAUAAAACUAAGAUGGAAUUGAUGAAUAAACGUAUCGAAGAAGCCAGAGAAAAAUAUAACAUUGUGCAAACCGAAUCAACAACAUCUGUAUAUAAACAGUUAUAUGGAGCCCGUUCAUUAAAAUUAACUCUUGAACAAGAACUAGUUAUUAAAGGAAAUUUGUCUGAAAUGGGAUCUACAAUAUUAGAUUUAGAAAGAAAAGUGAGAGACUUAAGAAUUGUAAUUAAUACUAUUGCCAGUUAAAAUCUAAUAUCUACGAGACUGACCUACUAGUUGCAAAUUAAAUUUUUUUUUUCCAAAUAUUUAUUUUUCAUUAGUAUUGUAUUUUUUUUUUUUACAAUUUUUU